GCAGGGACAGAAGAUCAGGGACAGAAUGAAAUCCCCAGAAUACCCUGGUGACCGGGCUCCUCCCCCAGAUUCUGCUUCUCCUGCCGUUUGUGAUUCGGUGAGACAGAUGGGGAGUUUUUUAAAGAAAAUCCUGGAGCCAUCCGAGCAGGAUGCAUUUGACCACUUGACAUGGAUGGAAAAACCUUGUAUUAACAUCGCGGGCCUGCACUCAGAGGAUGUGCCGCCUUCGCCCAACGUGGGGCUGCCCGGCGCCCUGAUCCCGCGGGAGCCGCCCGGGCCGGCCUACGUGACCCACACGGGGCCGCUGGUGCGGCUGCUGCUGCAGCAGGAGCGCCCGGGGAGGGCUCCGGCUCCGGCUCCGGCUCCGGCCCCGGCUCCGGCUCGGCACGGCCCGGCUCGGCCCCGCUCGCAGCCCCGCACCGAGCCCCGAGGCGCUGCGGAGCGGAGCCCCGUGCGGAGCGGCACCGCCGGCAUCCGGGAGCGUCCCACGGGAAUUCCCAGGGAGAAGAGCACCUUGGCACCACCGAGUGUUUGCCACAGGGUUAUUUUUGCAAGAAAACCUCCCUCGACUGUGCUGCCCCAGAGCAACCCGGCGUGUUCCAGCCAGAGGGAAUGACCUGGCUGCAGCUGAAGCAAAGCAAAGCAAAGCAAAGCAAAGCAAAGCAAAGCAAAGGAAGAUGCUCCUGAGUGUUUUCGAGACUCCAUUAAACUUCCCUUGUGAGCAGCAUUUGACUCUUGGAGUCUUUUCCUAAAAGGCUGAUUGGAAUGAAAGCAGAAGGGGGUGGAAAUGUGUCCUGUUCUCU